AACAAUCUGAUCUUUUUAAUUGUUGUAUCUUGCAACUUGCAACACAAUAAACACAAUAAAAAUUGAGUUUGUAAAUACACAAGUGCAGUUUUUAAAUCCCUUUCAUCAUGGAGAACAUCACUACAGUAAACGGCACGUUAAACGAGACUGCAAAGAAUGCGACAGGCAGAGAAGCGGCAACGACACAAGGCCUAUUUGUGGCAUAUUCAAGUUUGAUAAUCAUGGCUGUUUUGCCGAUAUUUUUCGGCUCUUUUCGGUCAGUGUUACACUAUCGUAAGCAGAAGGAGAGUGGUGAAAAGCCAGAAAGCAUGACACAUAAGGAUGCCAUGAUGUUUCCAAUUAUUGCAAGUGGAGCACUUUUUGGAUUGUAUAUUGUUUUUAAGAUUUUUAACAAAGACUAUCUUAAUCUCUUAUUGGCUCUAUAUUUCUUUGUUCUUGGUGUCCUGGCGUUGACACACUUGUUAAGACCCAAUGUUGAGCCAUUGCUAUUGCCUUUUGUACCCAAUAUACCUUACAAGUUGACAUGCACUGAGGGGACUGGAGACAAGAAAGUUGAAAUAAUGAAUUUUGAAUUUGAUCGUAUUGAUCAGGUAUGUAUUCAAAAAGUGCGUAGGAGCUUGUUUGUGAAUGAAGACUUUUUCCUUUACUUUUAGCACUGGAUUGCAAACAAUGUGAUAGGAGGGGGAUUUGCUGUUAAUGGAGUUGAAAUUCUUCAACUAAAUAGCGUGUUAACUGGAUGCAUAUUGCUUGGUGGCUUGUUUGUAUAUGACAUAUUCUAGGUCUUUGGUACAGAUUUAAUGGUCACUGUAGCAAAAUCCAUUGAAGCUCUAAUUAAAUUAAUAUUCCCAAUGGAUAUUUUGGAACGUGGUUUGGCAGCUAAGAAUUUCGCAAUGCUUGGCUUGGGUGACAUUGUUAGUCCAGGAAUUUUUAUUGCAUUACUUUUACGUUUCGAUCGUAGAAAUGUUAGCCAAGAAUCCAAGAGUCCUGUGUAUUUCUACCUGACAAUGAUCGCGUAUUUUUUCCGUUUGGUAUUAACUGUUCUUGUAAUGCACGUGUUCAAGGCUGCACAACCUGCAUUGCUCUACCUUGUGCCCGCAUGCCUUGGAACACCACUCUUCCUUGCAUUUGUCAGGGGUGAUAUCAAAAAUCUUUUUCUCUAUCAAGAUCAUACAGAAGAAAAGUUAAAGGAAAAGACUGAGGAUGAUGCCAGUAAAAGAGAUGGCAAAGAAUCCGAUAGCAAUGUGCUGGAAAGUAACGAUGAAAGCUCUGUAAAGAAAACAUUGUAAAUAAUGUUUCUCACGUGGAAUAUUAAAGUCAGAAAAUAAUGCUAUGGCAAAA